GAGUGCCAGAAAUGGCUGACGUUGUCCGAGUGUGUGGCAUCUGCAUGCUAUAAAGCCGUGCCCCUCGUCACACAAAUGAAAACAAGUGACUGUAGACAUCAGACGAGAAACAGAAAUAUUUGCAACAAAAUGCGGUUUUCUCUGGCUGCGCUCCUCUCUUCUAUGUGUAUUUACCUGGUCGAUGUGACGCACACCGAGGAAAGGAUAAAACCGUCGUUGUCAGCUUCCAAGUUUCUGAGCGUGCGAUCGAGACGGAUGGUUGGUGGCACUCUGGCCCCUCAUGUCCCAUGGCAAGCCAUGGUCUACCUGAAUGACAGUUUGCUGGACGGAGGCUAUGCUGGCGGCGCGCUGAUAUCCAGCCACUGGGUUUUGACAGCAGGCAGGAAUCUGUUUAUCAAUAAGACGCGGCAGGACACUCGCAGCAAGGAUCCCAUCAUUCCCAAAGUGUAUCUGGGAAUUUCACAUCGAUCAGAAGCCACGCCGUCCAAGGAGGUUGCUGUUGAGAGGGUUAUUCUCCACCCAAAUUUCCAAAGCCAGUCUGACUGGGACAAUGAUCUGGCAUUGAUCCAGCUGAAGCAUCCCGUGGCUAUAGGGUCGAAGGUGAUCCCCAUCCCUCUGCCGGAGAGCAACCAUGCCAUCACGGGAGCUUCAGGAGUGAUCACCGGAUGGGGCUACGGCAUUUACCUGACAUUCGCUGCAUCGCUCAAACACCUGGUGCUCCCUCUCGUGCCCCGCGCCGAUUGUAAAGCUGAAUAUGAGAAUAGUCAGUACACGCCAACUGUGGAUGAAAACAUGUUGUGCACAGGACCAACCAAGUAUGGAGAAAAUGUGUGUAUGGGUGACGCAGGGGGUGCUCUGGCUGUCAAAGAUCCUCAAAGUGGAGAUGUUGUGGCAGCGGGAAUACUCUCUUAUGAUAAGUCCUGUGCACAGUACAAGUAUGGUGUCUACAUGGAACUUUCCAAAUUUAUGCCCUGGAUAAAUUCGGUCAUUCGGGGGGAUAAACAAGAAUCAUCUGCUCUGCGCAAGAUUGCAAUGGCGAAGAUGUACUCGUGGCAGUCAUGAAUUUCCAAGCAUUUCGGGGAAAUGGACGCAAGUAAAAAAUACUCCGUUUCUCUUUAUUUCUUGAAUGGUCAUGGAUGUUUUGAAAUAACUUGAAUAGGCUGAAUUCGAAUAAAUGACAAUUUUGUUGACUCAACCCUCUCAA